UGCGAGCUGGGAUGCGCACGAACAGUGAAUGCGUUUCACAAACUACUGGAGGUUAAAAUGAUUCCCAGUGACCAUCGGGUGCCACGCAGCUGAUCUCGCGACCCUCUGGUUCGAUUAUAAUCGAUAAGCAAUCGAUUCCCAGCCAGCGGAAUCCAGAAGCAGGUUUAGACUUUAAACCGACCGAGAUAAUUAUCUUUCCUUUCGAGAUGGUGAGCGAUCUGCAGUGAUGGAAGCGGUGCAGACUGUUUCCCUCAUGCUGCUGUUUAGCCAAGUUAUCCAGAGUUCCCGGUGGUCUCUGAAGAUUCCCUGGACUGUUUGGGCAGUGAGAGGUUCAUGUGGAGAGAUCCCGUGUAUAUUUGACCAUCCUGCCAAAAGCAGCAACCCACAGAUUCGGUUGUUAAAGGGGGAUUCUGUUAUCUACGAUUCUGCACAUCCAGGCGGUGCAGGCACUGAAUUCGAAGGGAGAACUGAAUUAAAAGGCAACUUGACCGAGGGACAAUGCUGCUUAUUAAUAAAGAACAUCAGCAGCAGGGAUGAAGGGGAGUAUCACAUCAGGGUGAGGAUCACCACUGAGGGGGGUUCUUCAGUGGAAUACUCUCACCAAAUUGCUGUCUCUCUCUGUAUUCGAGAGAAAUUGUGGACCUCAGCACCUGGGCGACUUAUCGUCGGAAAACCAGCCCGUCUGACCUGCUCGCUCAAGUUGUUCAGCCUGAAUUGUUCAGCUUCCAAUCUGAAACUGAAUUGGGCUCAAGACGCGGGUUCGCCUCCGAUUCUGUCAGACGCUAAACCUACGCAAAAAAUCAGGAAAAACUUCAUGGGUUCCUGGACGGUUUCAUCAACUUUCACCCUCACCCCGUCACUGGAUCACCACGAGAAAACGCUGACCUGUGAAUUUAUUGGUGCUGAUGGCUGGAGAAUAGCUCAGGAAGCUGUUCGACUGGAGGUUCAGGAAAAGACCACAAUAGUAUCAGGUCCGACCUGCACCAGUUUCAAGAAUGGGGUUGUUUGUACCUGCAGUGUCAGAGCCAAUCCCCCAGCAAACAUCACAUGGAACCUCAGCGGGAGAAACAUCACUGGGAACAGUUCAGAGGUUGGAGUCCACUCCUGGACGGUGGAUGGUGGCUUGGUGAAUAGUUCCCUCGUACUGAUUCACCCAACUGGAUCUGAAAAGCUGAUAUCGUGCAUUACAGAGAACGAACACGGUGUCAGUGUGAGCAAAUACUGGCUCCACAUACCAGAAAAGCCCACAAUAGUAUCAGGUCCGACCUGCACCAGUUUCAAGAAUGGGGUUGUUUGUACCUGCAGUGUCAGAGCCAAUCCCCCAGCAAACAUCACAUGGAACCUCAGCGGGAGAAACAUCACUGGGAACAGUUCAGAGGUUGGGCUCAACUCCUGGAUGGUGGAUGGUGGCUUGGUGAAUAGUUCCCUUGUACUGUUUCACCCAACUGGAUCUGAAAAGCUGAUAUCGUGCAUUACAGAGAACGAACAUGGUGUCAGUGUGAGCGAACACUGGCUCCAUUUACCAGGGACCUUCCCCUGGAUGAUUGUCAUUCUAGUUGGAGCAGCCGCUGCAGUUAUCAUCCUGAUCACAGUGAAGGUACAAAGGAAGAAGACAAGUCACAUCACUUGUGUCCCCACAGCCAAUGCUGAUUCGGCGACUUACGCUGUGGUGCAGCACCCACUGGACGCCCAGAGUUAUGGCCCGGGCAGUAAUGCUGAUGUUCGAGAGACUACAUCCAAAUCAGCUGCAAGUGAGGAGAUUCUGUACGCCGCACUCAGUUUCUCAAACUUUCACAAACCUGGCAUUCAUCUGCAGAUUCAGGAGUCCAGUGAAUACGCUGCUGUUAACUGUAAAUGAGAUGCAGGUGGAUUCACCCCAUUCUCACAAAUGGAGCUCAUCAAUAGCUGAACACAACUUGUUCAAUGACUUAGAACAGGAAGUUCAUAUUGUAGAAAGUGUUUUGAGAAUGGUGAUCUAUUAGAAAUUAAUUGCUAACCUGUUAAAUUCUCACCGUGGGGAGAUUUGAUCUACAGUCCCAAAUCUGUUUCCAUUCCCAACACACGGCUGAAUGGGGCAGGGAUGGCUCUCUAUAGGCUAAUGGGACUUGUUAGACUGUUUGAGCUACUUUAAAUAAAACAAUUAUUUUCAUAAUUCCAA